AUGGAAAACGCUCGGAAGGGAAGCAUAGUGUCACGAGCCAACAGUAUCGGCUCCACCAGCGCAUCUUCCGUCCCCAACACAGAUGAUGAGGACAGCGAUUAUCACCAGGAGCCUUACAAGGAGUCGUACAAGGACCGGCGCAGGCGGGCGCACACCCAGGCGGAGCAGAAGAGGCGAGAUGCCAUCAAGAAAGGCUACGAUGACUUGCAGGCCAUCGUUCCCACCUGUGAGCAGCAGGAUUUCUUCAUAGGCUCCCAGAAGCUGAGCAAGGCCAUCGUCCUCCAGAAAACCAUCGACUACAUCCAGUUCCUGCACAAGGAAAAGAAGAAGCAAGAGGAGGAAGUUUCUACCCUCAGGAAAGACGUGAUGGCCUUGAAGAUCAUGAAAGUGAACUACGAGCAGAUUGUGAAAGCUCAUCAGGACAACCCAAAUGAGGGGAAGGACCAGGUGUCUGACGAGGUGAAGUUCAAUGUUUUCCGAGGCAUUAUGGAUUCCCUGUUCCAGUCCUUUAACACCUCCAUCUCAGUAACGAAUUUUCAGGAGCUCUCGGCUUGCGUCUUCAGCUGGAUUGAGGAGCACUGCAAGCCCCAGACGCUGCGGGACAUUGUGAUCGGGGUCCUGUACCAACUGAAGAGUCCGCUCUACUGAGCCUUCCUGCUGCAGCGCCAGCGGCUCCGGGGCUGCCGCCGCCUCUGCACCUGCGGGGACGGGGCAUCUCCUGCCCGGGGGCCUGGGUGAUGGGCGCCAGGAAGGGCUGGGCCAUCUCCCUCGCGGCUGUUCUUAAAGCUUCUCUGGAUUAUUUAUUGCAUUAACUACAAAACCAAAAUGAGGCUGUGCAGACACCUCUGCUCCACAGGUACUGUCACAGUCAAUGUUACCAAAUAUCUGUAGGGACUUAGCAAAGGUGGGGGGAAAAAUGUGUAUUGAGCAGAGGUCGUUUAAGGUGCCAGAGAGUCUUUAGCUCAGGCAGGUGUGGUGGGGUUUGCCUGUGCCACCGACUCUCCACUGUGGAGCGGAUCUGCUCUGUAACCUCAGCCCUCCGAUACAACCCCUUCUGAUCCUGGGGGAGAGGGAAUGAAGCAAGAAUGCAUGCUAAAAGCUGUUGGUUUCUGUUAAAACAGACUAGGAAUAGGCUUCUCCCAUAACCGUGGGCUUUCCCGUACCUCCCUCUGAAGCAGCUCUUACGGGGCGGGUUUUUUUGAGUUGUGUAGAUGCUUUGGGGAAGCCUGGCAGAGCUGGCUGAAGGAUGAG